AUGAUAAAUAGAAAACAAAAUAAUAAAUCAUCAUUAUACAAAAAAUAUCUCUAUGAAUAUGCAGUACAUGCUGUUUGUUGUCCAUUACAUGUGUUUGAACGAGCAGCAACAAUAGAUGAACUUGCUGCACAUGUUGCUGAAUCAUGGUCUGUUAGGCUAUCUGUUGAUGUUAAAAGAGCACGUAAUUUAUCUGGUGAAGAUCAAAAUGGCCUUAUGGAUCCUUAUUGCAAUGUAAGUGGGAUACAUAUUCCCAGUAUUGAAGAUAAUUCAACUAAAAAUCAAUUCCAACCAUUAAUGACGAAUUGUAAGCAAGGAAGUUGUAAAAGCAGUAGUGGAACAUAUUCAAUAGAUCGUACAACAACAGUAUCAUCUAAUGAUGACGAAACAUUGAAAAGUAUUAGUUAUCUUACACAAGUUCAACCACAAACUAUCAAUCCAGAAUGGAAUGAACAUUUUGAAUUGUAUGUUGUUUAUUUUGAUUUAAAAUUUUAUACAAUGUUGACUAAUCUUAAUGGUUUUUUUUAUUUUGCUUUUGAUUAUUGA